CGGGGACGCCGGGGUCCCGGAGCCCCGGAGCCGGAGCGAGCGAACGAGCGUCGCGGGAGGACCCGGAAGGAGGAGCACCGCCGGAGCGAGCCGAGCUGCCCACAAAGUGCGAUGCCCCGGCGGGGCUAAGGCGCGCGGCGGCCGGCGCGGCGCGGCGCGGAGGGAGGACGCCCGGGAGCUGCGCGGCGCCGGGCGGCGCGGAGGGGCAGCCCCAGCGGGCGGCGGCGGGCCCGGGCUGCGACCCGAGCGAGCCCCAUGCCCCGCGCGGGCUGACGGGCCGGAGCCCGCACGGAGCGGCCGGGCCGGACAGGUCCCGCUAGAGCGACAUGAUGGUGGAAUCCGCCUCGGAGACAAUCAGGUCGGCUCCGUCUGGUCAGAACGGCGUGGGCAGCAUCUCCGGGCAGGCGGAUGGCGGCGGCGGCGGCGGCGGUGGGGCCGGGGCUUCGGGCACCGGCGGAGGCGGCGCGGGCAGGGACGCGGCUGCGGGCGCCGACAGCAACGGCGAGAUGAGCCCCGCGGAGCUGCUGCACUUCCAGCAGCAACAGGCUCUCCAGGUGGCCAGGCAGUUCCUGCUGCAGCAGGCCUCGGGCCUGAGCUCCCCGGGCAGCAAUGACAGCAAGCAGUCUGCGGUGCAGGUGCCCGUGUCGGUGGCCAUGAUGUCGCCGCAGAUGCUUACCCCCCAACAGAUGCAGCAGAUCCUGUCACCCCCACAGCUGCAGGCCUUGCUCCAGCAGCAACAAGCGCUCAUGCUCCAGCAGGAAUAUUACAAGAAGCAGCAAGAGCAGCUCCACUUACAGCUCCUCACCCAACAGCAGGCUGGGAAGCAGCAACCCAAAGAGGCACUGGGGAACAAGCAGCUGGCCUUCCAGCAGCAGCUCCUGCAAAUGCAACAGUUGCAGCAGCAGCACUUGCUCAACCUGCAGAGACAGGGGCUGGUCAGCCUGCAGCCCAGCCAAGCCUCAGGGCCCCUCCAGACCCUCCCGCAAGCAGCCGUGUGCCCGACGGACUUGCCCCAGCUGUGGAAGGGCGAGGGUGCCCCCGGGCAGCCCGCCGAGGACAGCGUCAAGCAGGAGGGGCUGGACCUCACUGGCUCAGCCACCACCGCUACCUCGUUUGCCGCCCCCCCCAAAGUUUCACCCCCCCUCUCCCACCACACCCUGCCCAACGGACAGCCCACUGUGCUCACACCUCGGAGAGACAGCUCCUCCCAUGAGGAGACGCCAGGCUCCCACCCCCUCUACGGACACGGAGAGUGUAAGUGGCCAGGCUGCGAGACCCUGUGUGAAGACCUCGGCCAGUUUAUCAAACACCUCAACACAGAGCACGCCCUGGAUGACCGGAGCACAGCCCAGUGCCGGGUGCAGAUGCAGGUGGUACAACAGCUGGAGAUCCAGCUCGCCAAGGAGAGUGAGAGGCUGCAGGCCAUGAUGGCGCACCUGCACAUGCGGCCCUCUGAGCCCAAGCCCUUCAGCCAGCCGCUGAACCCGGUCCCUGGCUCCUCCUCAUUCUCCAAGGUGACCGUGUCUGCAGCAGACUCCUUCCCAGAUGGUCUCGUGCACCCCCCCACCUCGGCCGCUGCCCCUGUCACCCCUCUACGGCCCCCCGGCCUCAGCUCUGCCUCCCUGCACAGCGGGGGCCCCGCCCGGCGGAGGAGCAGCGACAAGUUCUGCUCCCCCAUCUCCUCAGAGCUGGCCCAGAAUCACGAGUUCUACAAGAACGCCGAUGUCAGGCCCCCCUUCACCUAUGCCUCCCUCAUCCGCCAGGCCAUUCUGGAAACCCCCGACAGGCAGCUGACCCUGAAUGAGAUCUAUAACUGGUUCACCAGGAUGUUCGCCUAUUUCCGGAGAAACACUGCCACCUGGAAGAUGGCCUCAAUUCCUGAAGUUACCCUGCCAGGAGGAGGUGGGAGCGACAAGAAUGCUGUGCGGCACAACCUCAGCCUGCACAAGUGCUUCGUGCGCGUGGAGAACGUCAAGGGCGCCGUGUGGACCGUGGAUGAGCGCGAGUAUCAGAAACGGAGGCCGCCAAAGAUGACGGGAAGACCUGGAUUCAGAUGCACCUCUGCUUCUCACUGGCUGGGUGAGCUUGGGAGCCCCACCCUGGUGAAGAACAUGAUCUCGGGCCUCAGUUACGGAGCACUUAACGCCAGCUACCAGGCCGCCCUGGCCGAGAGCAGCUUCCCCCUCCUCAACAGCCCUGGCAUGCUGAACCCGGGCUCCGCCAGCAGCCUCCUUCCGCUCAGCCAUGACGACGUGGGCGCCUCCGUGGAGCCGCUGCCCAGCAAUGGUAGCAGCAGCCCCCCUCGCCUCUCCCCACCCCAGUACAGCCACCAGGUGCAGGUGAAAGAGGAGCCGGCCGAGGCAGAGGAAGACCGGCGGCCAGGCCCCGCCCUGGGCCCCCCCAACCCCAGCACCGCGGGGCCUCCAGAAGACAGGGACCUGGAGGAGGAGCUGCCAGGAGAGGAACUGUCCUAAGGGCCUCUAGGGGCAGGCAGGGCAGGGGUGAGACCCCUCCCUCCGGAACCCAGGCCCCACCUACCCCCACUCCUCAGCCCCGCCCAAACCUCAAGGCACUUCCAGGACUCAGAUGGGGGGGUGGGGGAGGCUGGGCCAGCAACUCCCAACGUGACCUGACUGACAGACGCUCGGGGGCAGCGACGGUCCUGCCCCCGAGGGGACACCGAACCCCUGGUCUGGGACCGGCAGAGGAAUCGGAGGGCCCAGACCCUUCCUCAGACCCUCCCCUACAUCUGAAUACAGCCUCCCCCCAACCACCAGCAGCAGGGCCCUCCUCCCCCACCAGCUCUCCCCUACAGGGCCCCUCAGCGCCAUGGAGACCCGCAGGCGGGGCUAAGCCACCCCUCUCAAACCCAGGGCCCCUCGCACCUGGCUCUGGCAGUGUUUUCUGGCCAGAGCCCCCCCCCCCCCGCCCCUUUUCCUAAUUUGUGCCCCCUUUCACCUUCUUUUCCGUACUGUGAAGAAAUCUCCCCAGCCCCCACCUCCUCCCCCUGCCCCGGCCUGGGCCCAGGGGGGAGCUGACGUUCCAGACCAUCCCCAGAAGAAACGGGCCCCCUGAGCCGUGCCCACUCAAGAGCCACAGCUGGGGUGUUGCUGCCCUGCGGGGUCUGUGAGAGCAAGGCUGCCUCGCUCCCGGACAGGAACCCAGGCCGAACUGGGCCUCCACCCCACUCACUGGGUGCCCCUUGGCUGCCCCCCCCACACCAGGGAGCAGAGGAAGAGGCCCAGUGCUGGCUUCCUCGCAGAGGUCUGUGCCGGGUGGGCCGAUGGAGGGGGAGCCGAGAGGCCCUCGAGGCUGAAGCUGCCAGUGCCACCCAGGAAGCAUCCUGCCUCUGUCACGGGAGAGGCCAGGCUGAGACCAGGCUUGAGGGGCAGGUGACUGCCGUGACCCAACAGGUCACCCCCAGCCUACAGGUCCCCUCAUGGUAGUCCUCCCUCGCCCCUCCUCAGCCCCCCUCCCCACCCCCAGUUAAACCGAUGACCAAAGACCUUUCUUAUGCCGGAAGCAAAAACCAAAACUUUUUGUUGGCUUUUUCCUUUGUGGCCUCCCACCCCCACCCCCACCCCCACCCUCCUUGCUCCCCGCCCCUAGCCCCAGGCUGGAAGCCCUCCCUCCACUUAAGUUAUUGUUUUAAACCAAAGUUUACAGUGUCUGUUGGUGGCCCAGACCCUCUCUCCACCCUUCCUCCACCCCACCCUGAGGACCCUGGGACUCAGUAGAGGCUGGGGGCCCUGCUCACCCCCACUUCUGCUCUUGGCCAGCCAGGAGGAAGGUCCGAGGGCAGAGGGAAGGAGGUGUGCUGCCCUCAGCAUCCCGAGGGGCUCUCCUCUCCUCGGGCAGUGGGCCUCGAGCCCCAGUCCCAACCCUGGGCUGCUUCCUGGGGGCUCUCCAGACCCCUCGCUAGGACCAAGUCCCCCAUCACACUGGGAGUGUGGAUUCCAGCAAAGGAGCUGGAAAAGAAGUGAGACUCCACAGACCCCCUAUGGGGGACCCCGACUCAGGCCAUGGACUGGGUGUGUUGGAUGCUCGUGAUACCCCAGGCCAGGCCCCUUUGCUGAGAAGACCUCCUUGGACUAUUUCCCAAGAACCCCCCACAUACACCCCUUCACAAGCCACCCCUCCUGAGAGGCAGGGGGCCCUCCGCCCCCUCCCCUAUGUACUCCCCACCUGUGUUCUGUUUGACCAGCACAGAAAUAUUAAACGUCCUCUAUUCACCGGG